UCUCCCAAUCCCCCCAUUCCCGGUCCUCUCGGUGUCCCCUCAGUGCCCACCGCCGCCGGCCCCCCCCCAUCAUUCCCGGUUCUCCCAGUGCCCCUCUCUCCCCUCAUUCCCGGUUCUCCCGGUUCCCCCCGUUCCCGGUACAAUGGAGUCGCAGUGCGAUUACUUCAUGUACUUCCCGGCGGUGCCGUUCGCGGCUCGGGAGCUGCUGUCGGGGGAACCGGGCCGGUACCGGGCUCUGCCGCGCCGGAACCACCUCUACCUUGGCGAAACCGUCCGGUUCCUCCUGGUGCUGCGCUGCCGUCCCGGUACCGGACCGGGAAGGCCGCCUUGGGCCGAAUUGGCCGCCUCGCUCGCCGCCUUGGCCAGCGUCAGCCCCGGGGCCACCGAGCCCACCGGGGAGCGGGACGGGGAGCGGGAAGCGGACGGCAGCGGAGCGGAGCCGCCGGUGUUCCGGGAGUGCCGGGCGCUGCUCACCCACGGCCAGGGCCCCCCGGGGCGCCUCGGGGCCGGGAUCCCGGUGGAGGAUCCCAUCGUGUGUACGGAUGAGGUGAUCUUCCCCCUCACCAUCGCCCUCGACAAACUGCCGCCCGGCACCGUCAAGGCCAAGAUCGUGGUGACAGUGUGGAAGAGGGACACGGAGCCGCCGGAGCUGCGGGAGGGCGGUGGGUACCUGGGUCUGCUGCAGGCCCGCGCGCCCGCACACGUCUUCCGCCACGAGCAGGCGGCCUUCAAGGCGCAGGUGAGCACUCUGCUGACGGUGCUGCCGCCGCCCGUGGUGCGGUGCCGCCAACUCACCGUGUCCGGGAAAUACCUCACUGUGCUCAAAGUGCUGAACGGGUGCUCCCAGGAGGAGGUGUCGCUGUGGGACGUGCAGAUCCUGCCCAACUUCAACGCCAGCUACCUGCCCGUCAUGCCCGACGGCUCCGUCCUCUUGGUCGACGACGUCUGCCACCACUCCGGAGAGGUGCCGGUGGGCGCCUUCUGCCGCGUGGCGGGCGCCGGCUCCGCCUGUCCCUGCGCCCUCGGCGCCCUCGAGGAGCACAAUUUCCUCUUCCAGCUCCAGGCGCCGGAAAGGCCUCCGGAAGAUGCCAAAGAGGGCCUGGAGGUUCCGUUGGUGGCCGUGAUCCAGUGGUCGACGCCAAAGCUGCCGUUCACCAGUAGCAUCUUCACCCAUUACCGGCUGCCGAGCAUCCGCCUGGAGCGGCCGCGCUUCGUGAUGACGGCCGCCUGCGAGUCGCCGGUGCGAGCCCGGCAGCGCUUCACCGUCACCUACACUCUCCUCAACGACCUCCAGGACUUCCUCGCCGUCCGCCUCGUGUGGACACCGGAAACCGCCACGGCCGGGAAGAAGCUGUCCGGGGAGGAACGGCGCGCCACGCAGGCGGCGCUGGACGCCAUCGUGUGCCACACGCCGCUCAACAACCUGGGCUACUCGCGCAAGGGCAGCGCUCUCACCAUCCGCGUGGCCUUCGAGGCGCUGCGCGCCGGACUCUUCGAGGUGAGGCCGCGCGGACGCGGACACCGCCGAGCGCCGUUCCCGUUGUCACCGCGUCCUCCGCUUCCCCCGCAGCUGUCGCAGCACAUGAAGCUGAAGCUGCAGUUCACGGCGAGCGUGGCCAACCCGCCGGCAGAGGCCCGGCCCGUGUCCCGCAAGAGCAGCCCCGGCAGCCCCGCCGUGCGCGAGCUCGUGGAGCGGCACCAGGCCGGGCUCGGCAGAUCCCAGUCCUUCUCCCACCAACAGCCCGCACGGAGCCACCUCAUGAGGUCCGGCAGUGUGAUGGAACGCCGCGCCAUCACGCCGCCCGUGGGGUCCCCGGUGGGGCGGCCGCUCUAUCUGCCCCCCGAGAAGGCAGUGCUGUCGCUGGAUAAAAUCGCCAAACGGGAAUGCAAAGUCCUCGUCGUGGAACCCGUCAAGUGACGGAGACCUCGGAAAAGGAAGGGGGGAGAGACGCCAAGAGGGAGGGGAAGGGAUCCGCUGCUUCCCGGGCUCUGGAAAGAGCCACCGGAGGGACCGACGGGAAGAAGGGAUUGUCCCCAAACAAACAUUUUGGCUUUGGGGACAUCUCGGGGCUGUCCCAGCGCUGUUUACAGCCUUUUGGCUUCCAUUUGGGAAGGGAGGGAUUGGGAGAGGGGGGCGGGAAAUGGGACCAGGACCCCCCGUUUUCCUUUGGGGACACGGGGGACGUCCCCGAAUCCCGGGACGAGCGUCACCUUCGC